AUGACCGGGUGUUUACAGCCCAAUUACUUCUAUUUACCAUUCAAGAUUUGGCCUCAAAUCGAUCAUACAGACCUUGCUUUCACGCAAGGUGGGUCCCCGUCGUGGCAGCUCCUUCCGUCAUACCCUUCUCCGCCUAUGUCCAGCCCGCCUUCCCCACAGAGGAAGGGAUCUGAUAUACCACCUUCGCAAGCUACAGCUUUCCAGAACUUCACACUCUCCACCACUACUACUUCCAUCAACCCACCCACCACUAGCUCUGAGUUUACCAUAACUUUUGUUCCGACGGGUGUAUCCGCAUCGACACUCCAGAGCAUACCUAGAUCUCUAGAUCUGGUACAGGUCGCAGGGUCAUCAGACGCGCCCCGUACCUAUUCUUCAUCCUCUGCAGAGAGUAUUGCUUUGAUACGCCGUACCGGUUCUAUCUCGAGUGUAAGCAAUGUGCUGGAUAAUCUGCCGACAGCUGGGCCUAGUGCCAGACAGCCAUCGCCUAACACAGGACGUGGAGGGAGACGAGCCAAAUCUCACGUCGCCAAUGCGUGCAACAAUUGCAAGCGAGCUCACCUCAGCUGUGAUGUUGAACGACCGUGCAGCAGAUGUACCGCUACAGGGAAAUCUGACACAUGCCGUGACGUACCUCACAAGAAGCGUGGCCGACCACGUCUACGCGAUGAGGGUCAAUUCCGCCUCCAACGGAGUAAUGUCGAAACAGAGGUGGAGGAUAGCCCAGUGUUAGGAUCUCCGUCAGCAAGACCAAUGGCUCGACCAGGACAUCGCAAAACAGCUUCUCUGCGGACAUUGGCUGCAUUUGCUGCAGAACAGAGCCACCAGCCUUUGACAGCUCGAGAUAGCUCGACUCAGAUGUAUGGGCAAGACUACUCGCUUGCAUCAAGGCCACCUACAGGUUACCAUCCGCCUACCCGACACCCACGUCUAGCUCCUUCCCCUGAGGUCCCCAUAGCCUUCCUCGACACAGACUUUGUUGUUUUGAAAGCCAACGCCACCUUCCAGCGUUUGUUCUCGUGGCUGCAGGAGAUUCGAGGGAUACGACUGUCAGACAUUGCAAAACCAGUCGAGGGCGACAGCUUCCAGAGCGCCCGAAACCAGCUGCGGGAAGAACGAGAGAUACGCGAGCCGGCAUAUCUACCACCGAUACUCCAACCAAGGCUCGAUCCUGUAUCAGGUAUAGGCAUCACCGACCACGAUGUGGAAGAAGUCACCAGAGGCUUUACCGAUCACCAAUUCGCAUGGACCUUUCGAUUGGGAGGUGGCAUAGACCAGAUGUUGCCCGUCCGAAUGCGCCUGGCCAAAUCGUCUGUCUACUUUGUCACCCUUUUCUUGCCACCGCUACCUCCACAGAUGCCUGAGCAGGUCAUAGCUCCCCAGUCGCCGCCCAUCAUGUUCCCCACACAGAUCAUAGCACCACCUCCCACAUCGUUUCAGAGUAGUCCUCGUAUGGUACAUCAACAGCCUGGCAUCUCAGAGCCUCCUUCCACCUACUACACAUUCCCGAAAGCUGAUGCAGUACCGCAGAGCUAUCCGCUACCACGACGAUACUCAUUUGGCGAGCAACCUCCAUACCCUUACACAAUGCAUUAUCAGUCCCAACCCAGCUUUCAACAAUCAUCACAGCAGAUGCUUCCACCUCCUUCAACAAUCCCGCAAGCCUCGGACCAACGUCCAGGUACAGCUAGCUCGAACUCAAGCGGCAUCAUGACUCAACCGAUAUUUCUACAGCCACCAAUGAACACACGGUCUAAUCGUCCGAGAUCUGAUACCAUGGACUCGCUGGGUCGACACAUACAAACAAGACUUAGAGCAGAUAGUGGCGCUACAGUGCCGCCGGCCAUCCAUAGCUCACCAGUACAGCAACGGCAUGCCCCUGAGAGGGCGAACAGUGAAGAUGAAUAUGAGGCGGGCGAAAGGUCAGGUAGUCCAAGAAAAAGGAGAAGGCUUGACAUCAACGAGAUGUUGCAGCGUUGA